AUGCAUUCCAGCGGGGCAAAUGCCCCAGAGGUGACAAGAAAGGUGGAGGUAAAGGUGGCAAAGGACGCCAGCCCAUCUGUCCCGGCCAAGGGAGACAAGCCUGACAAAGGCGGUAGGAGAUCGCCAUCCGGCAAGCGCAGGCACCCCAGUAAGAAGAGGGCUAAGCGCGAGGACAAAACGGCAGCGUGUUGCCUUUCACUCACGGGUGAGCCCUCAUCUGAUGCUGGGAAGUCUUUCGCGCUAGCAGCCCGCAAGGGCCAUGCCGUGAAGCAGAAGACCAAAAAGGUCCAAUUCCUGAGGCCAGAGAUCAUCGACAUUCCGCUUGAAGGUGAAGGUUGGAGGUUCGUCACAGAGAAGCGUAAGUACGAUUUCAGGUUCAAGUCGGCGGACCAGUGCCCACCAUCAGGCCCGGAGGACACCGAAAAGGCCUUGCAGAAUGCCCGUUACUUGGAAUCGGCAGUGAACGGUUGGACGGUCAUCAACGGCAGCCCCGCGGCUAAGGAUGACGUGUGGUCUUUGUUGGAGGAUUCGGUCAACAUUGACGAAUUGGACGGUAUCUAUGGGGAAGCGCAAGCCGACAGCGAUGUCGAGCCAUAUGCAAUGCCAAAGUCUAAGAAGGAUGAAGGGGGUGGAUACGACGAAGACGAAACUCAGGCACAGCUUAGCCAAGACCUGGAUGAAAUGUUCCCAGAGCUAUUUGGUCCUGAUCGUGACAAAGAUCCUCCGCCGAAGGACGCGAAAGCCGCCCGCAAGGGUGAGCCGGAGUUAGAUUCCCGAGCAGCAUUGCUUGAUGACGUUCCGUUUUCUGUUAAGCAGAAGCUGAAGUCCAGCGCAGCAGUAGCAGCGCAUCAACCACCGUAUGGUUAUGUUUGGAGUGGUGAAUGUUUGGUCAAAAAGAAGAACAAGAAUCGCCCCAACGCUGUUGAUCAUACUGCAUGGAAGACUAUGUCGAGAAGACAAAGGGCGACAGCAAUUGCCGAACAUGAGAAGAAGCUACAUGAGGAGAAUGGGGCACUGUAUCGUGAAGCUAUAAAGGUGGAUUGGUGGGAUGGCGAAACCUACUUCGACCUUGGAGGCCGGGAACAGUCUGAUUUCGAGCUGGCAGUUGCAGCUACCCGCAAGGGUAAGCCGGUUCGUAACAAGUCUGAGGCUAAGAAAGAGAAUGGGCACUUCAAGCUACUGAAUGGCGGUACAGCUGAACAAGUGGCGGAUGUUUUCACGAAGCCUUUCACUGAAAAGAACAAGUGGACGCAUGCCCUGAAGCUCAUUGGACAUACAACCAGCGCGAAUGUAGCCGGGUGCAAGCCCGAGUCGAAGGUCGAGGUCGACAACAAGGUUUCGGUAGCAGCAGCUCCGGAUGCAGCAAAGGCCGUCGAGGACUUCGCUAAGCAAUCGUUCGACUCUAAUGACUUCAGUUUCAAGACCUUCGAGAAGCUAGCUGGAGUGACUAAGGCAAUGAAGACUCUCCUUCAGUCCGCCGCUUUGAACAAUGAUAUCGGCUCUCUUGGCGCAGACAACGAGUACAAAAUGCUGGAAUCCGCAUACUCAUGCGUGUCCACGCAAUGCGCGGCGGGCGUCUCGCUCACACAUGCAGACGCAAGCUGUGCCGCCUUGCGGCAGUUGGCCGACUUGAGCGAUGAGGGGAUGGCGAAGCUGAAGCCAACCGCAAGGUUGAGCCCUAAGGCCAAGCGAGCUCUGAUCUUUGUCUCUGACAGCAGUACCGCGCCCUGUAAGAAGAACCGCAGGGGGGUGUUAAUCAAGACCGACUUGGAUCAAGAAGUGAACCUCGCUAGCGUGACGCUUGGUUGGUCACAGACUCGCUAUUCGAUGUGCUGGGGCAAGACCCUGGCCUGGAUUGUGUGGCAGGUGGAGGAGCAUGUCCGCGAGCUCCGUGCCAACUUUCCCGACCACAUCAUCGAUGUUAUCUGCUGGUGGUGUGGGCAUGAGAUCUCCGGUCAGUGGGGCUGCAUUCCCACGAGACUUGGUCCGGGCCUUGCCUACCGCGACCCGAAUGUGACCGCGGAGACUGUGGCGCGGAAAGUCAGGCGAUCUGCGGAUGUGUUAGCCGCCCUCACAGGCGAGCCGGACAUUGGUUUUGUGAAGGUGAUUGGAAUGGUGGACGCGGAUCUCUUCCAGCUCCACUCGGCGUACAAUGCCUUCAACCAGGCCAUGUUUGAGGAAUUCCGUACACGGAAUCUUCAAACCCGAUCUGCCACUCCAUUGGUCGAGAAGCUCGAGAUGUACGACUCGUUCCAUGCGUCGGAGGAUCCGCGAAACCGCGACCUGUUUCAGGCUUACCUCCAUGCGACGCUCAACGUCAGCAAGAGUGAGUGGAUCGCCCAGAAGCUGAACCCCUGCGUGAGGGCCCUCCUCACUCGCUAUGAGCACAUCGAAACGGGAACUGAGGUCGAGAGUCCCGUGCUCCAGGAAGUGUUCAGCAAAUGGCGUGCAGAGAAGGACCAGCUCCUGAAUCCGAAGCCUGCAAAGCCACUGCCGGUGACUGAGGAGGCCGCCGACAUCACGAAGAUCACCACAGGUCCGCCCAUGGAUAAAGCCAUCCGCAAGGAUGUGCCAAGGAUCGGCACAACAACCGAUGUCAGUGCUAUCGGCUAUCGCGGCACAGUGGAGCUGGUGGAUGAAGGGGAAUAUGAAAACCCCAUUCCCUCGUCAAUGGGCAGAGUGCUGGAGCCUGUCGCGCCCAAGAAGGCCAAGAAGUCUGAUCGAGCUGCCGCUGUGCCCGAGAAGUUGCCGAACGAGUACUUCUAUAACGGUGCAAAGCACCUUAUGAAGCCGUUCAAUCCCGAGGACAUCGUGGGGGACAAGAACGUGUGCUUUAAGCACGGCGACUUGAGGUUCCUCACCAAGCUGCUCCGCGGCUACGCAUUGGACGACUUCCCGCUGAUCUUUGACCGCGGGUGUUGGACGGACGUGGAUGCCCUUCUGCAAACCUUCAACACCGCCAGGGGGGCACGAUGGGGAGUCCGUCAGUUGCUUCGCGCAGCGAAGGCGGAUAACAAAGGAAGGAUCCGGCUGCUCGGCAUCGAUGUCCCAAUGAAGGACACGAUAGGCCAGCCUCUGUUCCCCGUAAGGGUGAGAAUGGCUCAGGGCCACAACGAGAAGCUCGUUGGGAACAACUCUGAUGCCGACUUCUUUCUGGCGACGCAGUUCUACAGCGGGCUCUCGCAGGAUGAAGCUGAGGCACAGAGUAGCGUGCGUGGAGUCACUGUGCUCUCGAGGGAGGAAACGCCGGCCAAGCUCUACCACAGGACCAAUGAGCGAGGCAUGAACGGCAUCCUUCGGGACGGUAUGAUCCCAGGCUCGGCCCGGUCCGCCCGAGCGCACAACUAUCUCUCGCCCUACCGCCUUGACGACGCACAGUACAAGAGCGGCGUGAGAUCCAACCAGCCGAUCGAGCACGCGAUUGACACCCAGCGCGCCAUUAGUGCAGGGUGCGUGUUCUUCGCCACGGAGACCGAUGGUGUUCUCACUCGCGACACGAUUCCCCCGGACUGCAUCCUCACCGCUGUGGACACCAGCAAAAAGAACCUCCCUCUCUAUGUCGCGGAAAACAAAGAAGCCGCCCGCGAGGGUGAGCUAGGGCACACUUUCCGUGCUAAGCGCGACUAUGAGGAGGCAGCAAGCUCAUCAUCGGCACCACUGCCAAAACAGGCGGCUAUUGCUCCAAAGGCAAUUGCUUCCAAGAAGAUGCCGAAGGUGGCCACCAAGCCCGCCGUGAUCGUCGAGGAAGACGUGACCAUGGACUUGGAUGAAGCCACCCGCAAGGGUGAGCCUGCUGAUGCUGCUGGUAUUGCCCCCGAGGAAGAGGAGGGCGACACAUCGGACGCGGGUGGAGAAGAGCCAUAUCCUCUUGGAUCGCAUCCACGCAAGGAGUGCUCAGCUAUCGUCGCGAAUGGCAUGUUGUUUUGCCUGCGAUGCAAAGCUCCUCAAACGAGUGAUUCGGCAAAGGCAACAAAGCGGGUGUAUGAGAACUCACGCCUUCCCCAGCGCAUCCUUGCAACAGCUGCGGCGGGCGCCCACAAGCCGAUCGAAGAGCUCCUCACUAGCGAUCUUCGAGGAAUCGGCGAUGGCCCCAAGAAGCGAGGCUAG